GGUACUUCGUGGUUGCAGACUCAGGUGUUGAAUGAGACUUUUAUUGAAUUUCAUGCCUCAGAUCAGAUCAUGACUUUAGGACAGUUAAAUUGAGGUGUUACAUGUUAAAACUUGCAUAGCUGGAGAUGUCUCAACACAGGACUGGAUCCUGCAUUAUUAACAUUAUGUUGAACAUGCAAUUUCUCAUCAGGCUUAAGGAAUUGAUACCAAAUGAGAGAUAAGACAAGACACGGGGACCUUAAACUGAAAACCAAUAAACAGCGAAGAUGGUCGGGAUACUUGAGGAUCAUCACUGGGAGUAUGGAUUCACUGGAAGAAGCAAGAAUCUGAAAGAAGCCCAAGAUGCUUGGAACAAGGAAAAGAAACAAAUCUUUGGCAUCUAUGGCUUUAAAAGCGUUGGAAAAACACGCUUUGGAAAGGAGCUGGUGCUGAGGCAGGGAAUUACUGAGGGCAAUUUGUAUCAACUAGAUUUCAGUGGCAUAACAUCUCUCAAUGACUUGAUCAUCCAUGUGGUGAGUGUCUUUGGACCUGCAGAACCUCUCCAUGAGCGCAAUUGGAUCAGUGGGAUUUGUCGUUGUUUGAUGAGAAGCAUUGCCGAGAAAGAUGUGGUUGUGUUCAUAGACAAUGCAGAAGAUGUUGAUGAAGAGGAAGUGUUGAAGUCUGCAUUCAUAAAGAUGUGUGAAGAACUCGUAAAGGUUUCGACGUUAGUGAAAGUUGUCUUUACGUCAUGCUUGAAGUUCCGCUUUGCUCGUGUGGGCAUGAUUUAUAAGGCGAUUCAGUUGCAGCAGCUUUCAGCGGAUGAGUCGAGAAAAUUGUUGCGUGCUGUUGUCGAUGGAAUGGACUUGCAAGGACAAGAGGACAAGAUCAUUGAAUUGUGUGCAGGGCUUCCCCUUGCCCUCAUGAUCGCAGGUUCUGAGCUGAUGGAGGAUGAGAGGCAAUUAUCUCCGCCAGAGUUAGUUACACUGCUUGAGCAGUCAAGGCUACAGCCGAUGAGCAGAGAACAUUACGGGGAAGAUGAGAGGAUGGGUAAUGUGAUUGGCGGCGCAAUUACACGACUGUGUGACAUUCUUCAGCAGUACUACGCAUCUGUCAACUUCAUCCCUGGCUCCUUCAGUAAAGCAGCUGCUGCCGCAGUGAUGGAUUUUGACAACAAUGCUCAAGCCAUUGAUAAAGCGAUGAUCCCACUUGCCAGAAGAUGCCUAGUUUCCUAUGAUGGUCUGACGGAACGGUUUGACAUCCAUGACAUGCAGAGAGAGUUCCUCAUGAAUAAUAUCCAUAUCCGGGACUUGCUAGGAGUCAGAACAAGGUUUUGCCAGUUCUACAGCCAAUGCCUCUUACAACUACAGAAAACAGUGGAUUCCAAAAACUCCGGCCAAGCCCUGGUUCCCAUCAACAUGGACUUGAAGAACUUCAAGAAGCUUCUAGAGAAAGCUGCUCAUAGUGCCGGUGAUGGAACGUUUGAUGUCUUCAUGAAAGCUGCUACUGAAGCUAAUUACCUUAUACAGUUCUAUAUGCCAGAACAAGUUGUGCCCUUCUAUCAAGUGAUGUUGGACACCUGUAUUGAUCAUGGAUCAGAAUAUGAGACGGGUGUCCUUAUGUCCAUCUAUGGUGAGGCGGUGUCAGAAAAUAAGGGCGAUUACAAGGGUGGCUUGGAGUGGUACUGGAAAGCUGAACAGAAGCUCCUCCCCUAUGGAGACAGUCGACGUCUUGCUGAAGUCUAUCAGCACAUUGGCUGGCACCAUUACACCAGCGGCAAUGGAGAUGAGGCUGUGAAGCACCACAAGAAGUCCUACCGAAUGCUGAAAGCAUUAGGAAUAGACGAAGACCUUCAGUUUGCAAGGGUCAUGAACUGCCUUGGAGUUGCCUACGUAUACAUUGGGAAAGCCAAAGAAGCCGAGAAGUACCAUCUGAGGAGUCUGGCGAUGCGCCUGAGACUUGUUGGGGAAAAACACCUUAACAUUGCAAUGCACUACAACAAUGUCGGGCUGAUGUAUGAACUCAAAGAGGACUAUGAAAAUGCUAUUAUGUAUUUUGAGAAGUCUUAUAAGCUUAAACUAGAAAUUCUGGGGCCAAGUAAAACUGUCAUCAUUUCCAUGAGAAAUUUAGGCCUACAGUGGGUUAGAGUGGGACAGUACGAGAAAGCAUUAGAUCUUGUGCAAGAGAAUCUUGAGACAUUUGAUCAGGUUCCUGAUGACGACCAUUCGUCUAAGUCUAAUAUCCUAAAAGUACGAGGCGCUGCUUAUCUUGGGAUGGGAGAGUACAGAAAGGCUGAAAGCUACUUGAGACAGUUAUUGGCCAUUCAGAAAGAGGUUCUCCCUGGGCACCGCUCCUUGGUAAAGACACUGACGCAGCUUGGCCGGGCUGUGAGGAAGCAGGGUCGCCCGGAAGAAGCCAGAGUUUUCUUGCAAGAGGCAUACGGCAUGAAAGGUGCAGCGAUAGCGUGCAGGGGGAAAUUUCUGUUUGAAAACUUACAAGAAUUUGCCAAGCUGUAUCUCGACUUGGGUGAUCAACAAAGAGCAUCCGAUUAUUACAGGGAAGCACUGUGUGAAUUACAUCGAGUCGGUGACCAGCUGAUUAGAGAGGAUGAUGCGGACAAGUCUAGAAGCAUUGCUGAAGAGAUGCGGAAUCUCCUGCAAGAGAUUGAUGCUGCUCAGUGUACAGGAAUGGUUGUCCUCCCUCACCCGUGCCAUGAGGCACACAGCAGUUGUUGUCUGAGAACCUUUGCUGAUAUCGUUUAUGGAUGCCAAUAUAACAGUAGGCCUACAACAAGAGUAAGUGCUGUGUACCCCUAUCCAAUGCAUGGGUCUAAAGAAACGGUUAUUAAUAGUCCGACUUCAGCUGUCAGACAACCUGCACCAUGUACGGCACCAGCCUCUGUCCCCCAGUUGCCAAACACCACACCUUACUGGACCACAGGACAUGUGUACCCCACAUAUGUCUCUCGGCCUUACGAAUUAGAUGGAAAUGGUUCAACUGACCAAGCAAAUGAGAGGCGGCCGCAGUCGAGUUCUCAGCUCAGUGAACAGGCAGAUGUUUUGAAUAACACCACAUGUAGCAGCCAAUACUAUGCUGAUGUUUCCAACAGUGAUGAGUGUCUGCCUUCCAACUUGGAUAGCUGGAUCAUUGAACAGCAGACAGCAUUGAACACCAGUCAGGUCAGUUCUGACAGUGCCGGACGACCUUUUCUUCAUGAUCCCUGUCAAGCCAGAGAAGCAUAUUUGCCAUCAGAUGCUGUCACUGUGUUGGAUAAUCAAAAGUUUGAAGAUUCUGCUCAUCCAUUUGAAACAUGUACUACUCCCUGUGGAGAAGUAGUCAACCAGAAUGUUGAUGGAAGAUGUGAUGAAACUGGGACUUGUAGUGGUGACGACCCCCCAGAUGUUUUAACAGAUUCGUCAUCCACUGCACUUACUGUUGGUGAUCAUGAAUACCGAAGUGAUGAGUCGGUACGUUUUCCUCCAAGACAGAGAAGAUCCAGUGACACCAACACCAUUCUCUCUGAAGAUCUGUACCUUGGAGCAAAUGAGACUGAAGAAAGCCUCAUGAACUCUCUAGAACCUGAAGCUCGCGGCCAAGACAAUAUCGCAGCCAUGGAGAGUGAUGUGCAUCAAUGCCGAAAUCCUAGUGUGCCAAGCAUUGGUCAUCCUCCUUUAACCAAUGGGAUAUCAUUUGGGUCAUACUUCCAAGUACCAGAAACCAGUUCCUAUGGCCCACCGCCGUUGAAUCCAUACAGGGAACCUAUACAACAGCCAGAGACAACCAUGCAGGGAGACAGGCAAAUACAGAUGCAUCAUUACACACCAGAAAGGCAUUUGUAUUCUCCUCAACCAGAAUGGGGAAUGGGACAUAGCCAAGAUUUGACAAGGACUGCAAAGCCUUUGAAGGACACCACAGUCAGACCAACAUUGAGGACAAAUGGUCAAUCAGAUUACAGUGGGCAAAAUUCUCUUGGGUCCAAUCAUUAUGUCAGUCAAAGCAACAUGCAAACACAGGGGCGAAUCACUGCUAGUUCUAGUACCUAUUCUGACCACAACAACAUGUCUCAAACUGCGGUGAAGUCACUGUAUACUCCUGAUGAAAUGCCUCUUCAAAAUGGUGGCAGAAGUCAGACGCCAUCUGGUCUUUUAAGUCUGGGGAGUUUAGGGAGUUGGUUUUCUGGUCGACAGAGAAAAACUUAUAAGGUUCACCACCUCUAAUGACCUCUAUUGGCGAUGUUCAGAAACAAUCCAUAUAACACAAUGUGAUGGCACCAUUAGAAUCGUUGUUGCAGACUGACAAGACAAUUCUAAUGACCUCUAUUGGCGAUGUUCAGAAACAAUCCAUAUAACACAAUGUGAUGGCACCAUUAGAAUCGUUGUUGCAGACUGACAGGACAAUUCUCUUGUAAAAUAAACUUACAUGUGCUUAGUUUAGUUACACUCUGGAUGCAGUGGACCAGCUGUCCUGCUGCCCGGAGAUUGUGACGUCGAAGUUUAGUCAACCAGUUUUAGCUUUUAUCCAUCACCACUAUUAUCAGGAGUAGACCUGUUUCUUAUUUUUACUAUUCUUCUCAUCAUAUUUUGAAGAGCUAUAAUUUCCCUAGAAUCUCUUGCAGGUAUUGCUGUAUGUUACAUUACAGUUGUGCGACAAAGACAGAUUUCGUCAAAUACUUGGCCACCACCAUUCUCCUUCUCUUUAAUGUUGUCCUGGGAAAUAUUUAGGAAAGUAAUUUCAAGACAGUGAUGUCUCAUCUCUGUUGAAUCUCCAUCAUGACUUUGUAUGAUGUAUCCAUUUUAUUUUACUGAUUGCUUAUUUGUAGAGACUACAGUGUUUUCUUGUAAAAAUCACUGGUGUUGAGUCUGCCUCUUCACAUGCACUUUCAACGAUGAUUGGUACUGUAAACUUGAUUCUGAAGCAGCACCACUUAUACAAAACAGAACCUCUCUAUUAAGGAAACUAUCAGGACUGAGAAGUGAUGUCCUUAAUAGAGGUGUCCUGCCAAACUAGGAAAGUAGACAUUAGCCUAGGAUACAUGAGCAAAUGUGCUGGAGCGUAGGUCACACUUGGCCCAACUUGUGUUGUUCCAAAAUGCCACCAUGUCACAAUGAAGCCAGAUUGCAGCAUUUAGUAAAGAAAUUUGGGUGAGAUUGAAUUAUAGUUGUUAAAGGAAUAUGUAACACUGUGACAAGUCAAAAUGGGUGAUUAACUAAGUCGGCUUGAUUGCGUUCAAAUUUUGGACUGGAGUACAACUAUACUUGCAUGUUUCUGGCAUUGUAUGUGAUUAAUGCAUGGAACAAAUUAUGAUAUCUGUUAUAGCAUAUACAUGUAUUGUGUCUAUCAAUGGUCUAUCUAAGAAAUGAGAAGAUGGUUGUGAUAUUGGUGCUGCGGCAAGCUAACUGUCCACAUAUCAAGAUAGAAUCUAACUUGCCGAGCAAUUGGCCAACUAAUAUAUGUAUUUCAUUUGAACAUUAAAUGAUGCUUGUAUUGUUAAAA